AUGGGCGCGGGUGUGUUUGCCAACCCCACUGGCGCUCGGGAGAGGCGAGAGAAGUCUCAGCGCUCGCCGGAGAGAACACCUGCGUGUGGGUUUGUGCGCUUGAGCAUGCAGUAUCUUCAUGUCCCCGGCUGUUUUCUGUCGGCUUCCCUUGCCGCUGGCUGUACUGCUGUCUCGCUCCAGGCUCACAGACACAUGGCCAGGGGCAGAAUAUCUGCAUCGCAGCAAGGUGUUAAAGUGGUGCCAAGCACGCUGGCAGGUGGAGUUUACAAGGACUGCCACAGUGGGUGGUUACGGGCUUUGGCUGGAGCAGUCAUCCUCAGCAUCCCCAGGCUCUCCUGCAUCUGGUCUUGUGAUGUGCGCAGCUGGCUGACACAUGUCCUCAGCCUUCCAGAUAACGAGGGCUACGCUGCCUUCGCCCUGACUAACGAUGUGAGCGGGGCAGCAGAAGACAGGGUUUUGAGAUCUACCUGGCAGGGGAAGGCCGGUCGCAGCCCACUCCAGGCCCUGUACGAGAGCGACCAGUUUGAGCAGUCAUCACUGCAGGCGGUUCACCAGCAGAGACGGGAGCUGUUGAGCAACAUCUGCAACCGUUACACCCGCAAGCGGCGUCUCCUGCGGCCGGAUGACUUGCGGCACUUGGUGGUGGAUGACACGCAUGGGCUGCUUUACUGCUACGUACCCAAAGUGGCCUGCACUAACUGGAAGCGGGUGAUGAUGGUCCUGACGGGGCAAGGCAAGUACCGGGACCCACUGGAAAUCCCCGCCAAUGAGGCCCACGUCUCGUCCAACCUGCGCACCCUCUCCGAGUACAGCAUCCCUGAGAUCAACCACCGCCUGCGCAGCUACCUCAAGUUCAUCUUCGUGCGGGAGCCCUUCGAGCGCCUGGUCUCAGCGUACCGCAACAAGUUCACCCGCAGCUACAACACAGCCUUCCACAAGCGCUACGGGACCAAGAUCAUCCGGCGGCACCGGCAAGAGCCCAGUGACAAGGCCCUGGAGCGUGGGGAUGACGUGCGCUUCGAGGAGUUUGUCUACUACCUGCUGGAUCCACGGACGCAGCGGGAGGAGCCCUUCAAUGAGCACUGGGAGCGGGUGCACUCGCUCUGCCACCCCUGCAUCGUCCACUACGACGUGGUGGGCAAGUAUGAGACCUUGGCUGAAGAUGCCAACUACAUUCUCCAGCUGGUUGGGGCUGACACAAGCGUGAAGUUCCCAUCUUCAUCCAAGACCACCAGGACAACGGACGACAUGACGGCCCAGUUCUUCCAGGACAUUAGCCCCUUCUACCAAAGGAGACUCUUUAAUUUAUACAAAAUGGACUACUUGCUCUUCAAUUACUCCAUCCCCUCGUACCUCCGCAUCCGAUGA